AUGCCACGCCUUUCCGGACACUCCACUGCUGUCGGGAAGCAGGUUCUUCUUUGUUUUUUGUUUGAUUUGAAAAUUUCUUAGUAUCAUAAGUAGGCUUAAAUACAAAUACAACCACUAGUACUACUGAAACUGAUCCAACCAUCAACUACUACUGACACUCACGAUCUUCCACGACUAUUGACACUCACGAUCUUCCACGACUAUUGACACUCACGAUCUUCCACGACUAUUGACACUCACUCUUUCACCAACUAGGUAUUCCUCUUUCCGAAGAAGUGUGUCUUGGCCACUUUGGUUGCCUCUGGUGCGUUAUUGGCGACGUCGAAGCUCGUGAAACAGGAUGUCGCGAAAAAAGAAGAUGUCGCGAAGAAGGAAGAGAAGAUAUUCGAAGACAUGGCGAAGGAGGUGAAGGAGACAACAACGAAGAAGGAGGUCAAGGAGGCAAAACAAGUCAAGACGACGAAGAAAGAGGGGGAGAAUAGCGUCGUGACUCCUAAAGCAACUACAACACCGGGUACAACUCCUAAAGCAACUCCAACAGCUUUUCCUGUUGCGCCGGAUUCUGCCUCAGCACGUGUUUCAGUCCCUGAUGCUGCUGCUGCUACUACUGCUACUCCUGCUGCUGAUACCCCUGCGGUUACAACUGAGCCAGUGAAGAGUGAGGUGCUCACCGCACCAGCAGAUAAGACGACUGCUGCGACCACUGACAAGUUACGACUGUACAGAAAUCCAUCUACAUCUUUGUGUAAAAGCUUGUUUCAUCAUGCAUUUGCGUCAUAGUAACCAUGGCAACAACAAGUUUCAUCACACAUACUAACCAUGGCUUUCCAAGAACUAUGAUUUCCAUGACAUGUACAUGGCCAAGAUUAUAAGAUCAUUUACUACCGGAGCACCACUUGAUAUCCAUAUUCCAUGACAUAUUUCACUGAACUUCCUCACAAUACACUACUACUUCUACCUAUUCUGUUUUUUAGUAAUUGCUGCCUGUGGUUUUUAGUCUUGCUGUGGGCCACUUUUCAUGAUCUCCUCGUCUUCUUCUAAGUACAGUCCCGAAUGAGCAGGAGGUUGGCCCGACCCCGAAUGAGCAAGAGGUUGCUGCAACUGACGUCCCUGAUGAGGAUGGCUCAUACGGUUCUUCCUGCUGUGGUGACGACGAACCACCGUCGAAGACUACUCUUAUGCUCUCUGUUCUUGGAAAUAAUUAAUAUAGUUGGUACUUAUUUGGUACUAGCCGUAAUUCGCUAGUAGUACUGCACUUGCUGCAGUAGUUUUGUUAAUUUUUGGAGAGCAUCCACCUAGUAGUCGGAGUAGCGCCUUGUACUAUUGCAAGAUAUUAUUUUGCAGGACUAGGAUAAGGGUUGAGUUGAAUCGUAUCAAUACAUGCAAUGAUGAAAGGUAAUCUGAUGUUGUUUCAGUUUCUAGUACAACUAGCACAAAUUUUUGUCUCAUUAUACAUAGAUUUAUUACAUAAUUUAGAUUUACUUCAUAUUAAUUGCCUAUCUAGUACUUGUACGUCUUCCUGGUGCUAUCCUCUAAUCCGAAGGGAGGCACUGAAGGAGCCGCUGAAGGAGCUGCCGUUGAGGAAGGUCAGGCAAAGGAGGAAGCAGGAUCAUCAUCUUCUUCUUCUUCUUGCUGUGGUGAGGAGACGCCGGAUGGCACGCAACAGGUUGUCACCAACGCUGACGGAUCUACCGAAAACGUUGCUGGAGGAGUUAUGGAAUUGGAAUUCUUGGACCACCUCCUGUUUCUCUUCUGUUAAUAGUCAAGUGGACCUGUUUCUCAACAGUGUUGAAAAUAGUGUCUUGUCUAGUUUAACCUUCUCCUGAACUCAGAAUGUUCUAGCUCUACUUCCUCUAAUGUAAAUGCCGAUGCGCAGGACGUCGAUGACGUUGAUGGAGUUGUAAGAGCGACACGUGAAGCGCCAGAGGCAGAAGAAGAUGGGGAAUGUUAUGUUAGUGUUUUGAAGAUGUAGUUUAUGAUCUCCUCUACUUUCGUUAACAUAUUGAAGAAUUUCAUUUAAAUCUUCAAGAUAUUCCGGUAAAAACGAAACAACCUUUUACUUAGUUACCUAGAAUGAAGUCAUAGUCAAGAGAUAAAGAACCAAAAAGACUACACGACGUUUUGUUCUAGCGACGUCAGUCUCCGUUGAAGUUGUUAACUUUCCGAUGGUAUUUAGUCUCAGUGAGUAAUGUCAUAAGGGAAAACAAGAAGAGAACCCUUAAGAUCAAAUUCAGGUUACCAAAUACCAGAACCAUACACUCUAAGAAAUCUGCAGUGGCUGUUGUUGCGGGGUUGUCAUGCUUUUAAUCGCCCUCCUUCUUGUUGCAGCGUUCCUGGCCAAGGACAGGUUCGCGGGACCGGCUCCUCGACGAUCAUCUGUCGCUUCGAAUGGAGCAACUGGUGAUUAUGGGCACACAUUCUAGAACAUUGAUUGUAGUAAAAAUUAGACUUAUAAAUAUGUACAUCAAGAACAACAUCUGAUGAAUACUAUUCAGUGAAUAGCAGAAUACAACAAGAUCAACAUCACAGUUUGAUUUCUAACCUAUUUCCGAUGAAGAUGAGGGUUUGCUGGAAGACGGGAGCAGGCUUUCCGGAAACACAGUGGGAGGUCGUUCCACACGGGCAUCGUCGGUUCGGCAAUCAGGUGCACCCAGAGGCGGAUCCACCAAGAGCCGCAAUGAGUACUAACUUCUCAAUACUAUGUAUUAAUUUAGUGUAAAUAAGAACUGUCAACAUCCUCGGAGUCGAGCAGGUGCCGGGAGCUAGAUAUUCCUGAUCAUGACAAUGAGUCACUUUUCCUGCAAUCAUGAACCAAAGAUCAGCAAAAUGCUGCGAAUCAUCACAAAUCACUCCAGCUCCAGUUACCGUGCUCAUUCGGAUUCCUACUUCGAGGAUAUCAUGAAGCAUGCGUCUAAUGGUGGCAGCAGUGGUGAGGGGAGUGAUGAGCAGUAA